AUGUCCCGUUCCGGCUCGGGCUCGGGCUCCCCUCUCCGCGGCCCGAUCCUCCCAACCCAUCAAACCUCUAACGCGCUUCUUCACCACAUCUACCCCCUCCCCAAGAAUCCCCUGCCUUCCAGACCCAAGCCGCCACCCGAGGACGAGAUCGAGGAGGUCUUCGUCAAAGGUAGCGGCCCGGGCGGCCAAAAAUUACAGAACAAAACCAACUCCGCGGUCCAAAUCAAACACCUACCCACUGGUAUUGUUGUAAAAUCCCAAGCCACUCGCUCCCGGUCCGAGAAUCGUGCCAUCGCUCGCAAAGUUCUCGCCCAGCGCCUCGACGAGCUGUAUAACGGUGGAGAGAGCCGAACCGCCAUCGUCGGCGACCUAAAACGCAAGAAGCGCGCUAGCUCCGACAAGAAGAGUAGAAGAAAGUAUAGGAAGCUGGAAGAAGAGAGACAGGGAGACUCGAUCUCGGCCUCGCUUGAGGAAGUGGGGUCCGACUUUGUCGCUCGGGAUAUGGCCUGCCGAAACCCUACGGAAACAGAAGGCCAGGAGAAUCUCACGCGGCCCUCCGAUGAGGCCCUCAAACCCACAUCGGUGGCCUUAGGGGAAGCAGCGAAACCAACCUGCCCACGCGAGUAG